AUGAUAGGAAAAAUAUUUGAUAAUGCUUUUCGAAUACGUACGUAUAAUAGAUUCGUUUGCUUUCUCAUUGGCGGAGCAUUCACGUAUAGUUUUACAAAUCCAGACAUUGAUACUGUUUAUGAAUUUUUUCCAAUUUUUAAGCAAAAUAAAUAUGCAUAUUUAACAUUUUUAGAGGUUAAUAAGAAUCAAGAUACUGUAUUCGAAGAUAAACUCAAAGAUCUUUGCAGGUUUUAUCAAAAGCAACCUGGUUAUUUAUACACAAAAAUAAUUAAAAGAAAAAAUGCCAUAAAUGAUUUAAAUCGCUAUAUUAUUGUUUCUACUUGGUUAAAGAGUGAAAACUAUUUAUUAGCUUGUAAUAGAAUAUAUGGGCAAAUGUUAAUUAAAAAUAUUCAAGAUUUUACUAAUUAUGAUUCAUACCUAUAUAAAAUAGUUGUUGAUGAUUCAGAUUAUUUGCCUCCUUUAUAG